GGCGCUAACGGCCCCAGAGUCUGUUUGAGCCUGCGCUAACGCUCCAGGCGCAACAGACCCAGGGAACCAGGCUGAUCGCAAUGUGCGCGCGCGCGCAUAGGGAGCCGGGAACCAGCUUAAUACUGUGCCCUCGCAAGCAAAUAUGGCGGACAAGGUGAGUUGUGUUGGGAGCCAGAACGGUCAUUUUCUUUAAAGUCUUCAAGACUACAGUUGCAAUACGUGCCGAGAAAGAACGCCCCUCCAGUAUUCAAGUUCACGAAAUCGUCGUCAAACGGGCGAAAUUUUUAUGAAAGGAACAGGUCAAAGUUGAAGUCAAGUAAUCUACCCCUUUCAAAUGUCUCUCUGACAUAGUGACAUCCAGAUAUCUUCAAUUGUAGUUGUGAACACCACAACAUCCACAGGUUAAUGAUGGAAGUAGAAAGCCAACCACAGACUCCUGGUUCUGUUACUGAAACAUGUGUUAUGAUAAACCAUGAGAGAAAUGUGAGGGAAACAGGUGAUCUCAAGACACCAUCUGUUCGUGACACAGUGGAAACAGAUGACGUCAAGAGACAAUCUGUUAGUGACACACUGGAAACAGAUGAUGUCAAGAGACAAUCUGUUAGUGACACACUGGAAACAGAUGACGUCAAGAGACAAUCUGUUAGUGACACACUGGAAACAGAUGAUGUCAAGAGACAAUCUGUUAGUGACACACUGGAAACAGAUGACGUCAAGAGACAAUCUGUUAGUGACACACUGGAAAAAACAGGUGAUGCCAAGCAACAGUCUGCUAUAGACACUCUGGAAACAGGCAAUCUCAAGAAGCAAGAAGAUAAGCUGGGUCCAUCAAAGCAGCUUCAGUGUGGUGAUGGUGGUAAAGCAUGUACAAAGUCAGGGGACCGUCUGCAACGUAUAAGGAUUCAUAAUGGAAUCAAAUCUUAUCAGUGUAUUGUAUGUGAGAAAACAUAUACACUAUCAAGUAGUCUGCAGAGACACAUGAAGAUUCACAUUGGACAAAAACCUCAUAAUUGUGUUGAAUGUGGGAAAGCAUUUGCACAAUCAGGUUAUCUGCACACACACAUGAGAAUUCACAGUGGAGUCAAGCCUUAUCAGUGUGAUGAAUGUGGAAAAAUAUUUACACAAUCAAGUAGUCUGCUGAGACAUAUGAGGAUUCACAGUGGAAAGAAACCUCAUAAUUGUGUUGAAUGUGGGAAAACAUUUGCACGGUCAGGUCAUCUGCACACACACUUGAGGGUUCACAGUGCAAUCAAGCAUUAUCAGUGUAACGAAUGUGAGAAAACAUUUGCACAAUCAAGUAGUCUUCAGAGACACAUGAAGGUUCACAGUGGAAAAAAGCCUUAUAAAUGUGUUGUAUGUGGGAAAACAUUUGCACGGUCAGGUCAUCUGCACACACACUUGAGGGUUCACAGUGCAAUCAAGCCAUAUCAGUGUGAUGAAUGUGGGAAAACAUUUGCACAGUCAAGUAGUUUCCAGAGACAUGUGAAGAUUCACAAUGAUAUAAAACCUUAUAAGUGUGAUGAAUGUGGGAAAGCAUUUACACAAUCAAGUAUUCUGCAAGCACACAUGAAGGUUCAUGGUGGCAUCAGGCCUCAUUUGUGUAUUGUUUGUGAAAAAACAUUUACAGCAUCAAGUAAUCUUUGCACACACAUGACGAUUCACACUGGAAUUAAACCUUAUAAGUGUGAUGAAUGUGGGAAAACAUUUGCACGAUCACAUUAUCUGCAAGCUCAUAUGGAGAUUCACAGCGGAAUCAAGCCUUACAAGUGUGGUGAAUGUGGGAAAAGAUUUACACAAUCCAGUGCUCUACAGAGACACAUGAGGGUUCACAGUGGAAUCAAGCCUUACAAGUGUGAUGGAUGUGGGAAAGCAUUUGCACUAUCACAUAAUCUGCAAGCUCAUAUGGAGAUUCACAGCGGAAUCAAGCAUUACAAGUGUGGUGAAUGUGGGAAAAGAUUUACACAAUCCAGUGCUCUGCAGAGACACAUGAGGGUUCACAGUGGAAUCAAGCCUUACAAGUGUGAUGGAUGUGGGAAAGCAUUUGUACGGUCAGAACAUCUGCAGAGACACAUGAGGAUUCACACUGGAAUGAAACCUUAUAAGUGUGUUGAAUGUGGGAAAACAUUUACAGAAUCAGGAACUCUGCAGACUCACAUGAGCAUUCAUGGAGGAAUCAGAUCUCAUCCAUGCAUUGUGUGUGAGGAAACAUUUACAGUUGCAAGUAAUCUUCACACACACAUGAUGAUUCACACUGGACUAAAACCUUGUAAGUGUGCAGUGUGUGGGAAGACAUUUGCACAAUCCGAUAAUCUGCAGACACACAUGAGGACUCACAGUGACAUUAAAGAGGUUAUCAGUGUGUUGAAUGUGAGAAAACAUUACACAAUCAAGUAGUUUGCAGCGACACAUGAAGAUUUACGGAGGAAAAAAACGGUUGAAUCAAACAAGUAGUUUGCAGAGACGUGAAGAUUCACACUGGAAUGAAACCUCAUUAGUGUUCUGAAUGUGGGAAAACAUUUUCAUGAUCAGAUUAUCUGCAAGCUCAUAUGAAGAUUCACAGCGGAAUCAAGCCUUACAAGUGUGGUGAAUGUGGGAAAAGAUUUAGAGAGUCAAAUCAUUUGCACACACAUAUCGAGGAUUCACAGUGGAAUAAAAAGCUAUAAAUCUGAAGAAUGUGAGGAAACGUUUACACAAUCAACUUAUCUGCAGAGACACAUGAGGAUUCAUAGUGCAAUCAAGCUUUAAAGUGUUGUGAAUGUGAGAAAAUAUUUACACAGUCAAUUACUCUGCAGAGACACAAGAUAAUUCACAGUUGAAUAAAAACUUACAAGUGUGUUGAAUGUGGGAAAAUAUUCACACAAUCAAGUGCUCUGCAGGGACACAUGAGGAUUGACAGUGAAAUAAAGUGAUUUCAAUGUGAUGUAUGUGUGAAAAAAUUUGGACGGUCAUAUAAUCUGCAGACACACAUGAAGAUUCACAGUGAAAUCAAUUGCUUUGAUAAGAUUGAAAACUCAUCAAUGUAAUGAGCGUAAACAUAACAGAUAAAUGAUAAAUCAGUGUAAAUAUGUGUCCUCACGUUUUGUUCUUGAGUUCUAAAUUAGAAAAUAAGUGUUAUAUCUUUUAGCUAGUUAGCGUCCACUAGAACAGUGCUGUUUUCACAUUCGUAUACAUAUUACACAGAACUAGAUGAACA